GUCAACCAGGUGUUAUCGGUUGUCGCUAAUGGCCGCAAGUUUUUAAAUUGAGGAUAUGAAAGAUGUUUUAUGCUAAGUACCUGAUCAUCGCCCAAAUCACGAAGUGAGGUACUUAAUAAUGGGCAUCGCUGGUGUUCCUCGUAUGUUGUUCAAUAUAUGAGAACAAUGACAGGUUUUGUGUUGAUCAUAAACGUGUAUGUAAAGACGAAAAUAACCCAAGCCUUUAAAAACGUUUCAACAUACGAUUAUUGACUCAGUCGUUCCUCGUAAAUCCUCAUGAAAAUGAGUCAAUAAUAUUACGAAAAAAUAUGGAAUACUUAACGUUUAUUAAAACCUAUCGUUUUGUUAUUAUUAAUAUUAUUAUAUCAGUGUCUAGUGGAACAAAGCUUGACAGAGUUUCAUUAGAACUUAAAGAUCAGCAACAGAAUCAAGUGUUAAUUAAUUUUCCUACUAAGUCAAAUAAUAAUAAAACAGCAACUGCUAGACAUUUAUAUUUACCACCUGGAGAACCAGAUUUUGUUUUACCAGAAGUUAUUGAUAAUAGAGUAAGAAGUACAUUUUAUCGACCAAUUAUUUCUUCUAGUAAUAUUAUUCAACCGAGUAUUGAAUUGCAAACACCCUUUCCUCGGGAAUCAUACAAUUAUCUUCCACCGGUUGUAAGACAGUCAAAUAUUAAAAUUAAUGCUAACUUUGAAACAAACGAAGGCAGUAAAUAUAUUAGAAUUAAUUCAAUGUCUUGUAAAAAUACUGAUGAUGAAGUAUUUUUUAAAGCAUCAGUUUUACCAUCAAAAGUGUCUGAUUAUCCGGUGAUUGAAGGUGCUACGAGUGAUUAUUGUAAAAUAAUUAAAGUUAAUGAUGAGUACAGAUUUAAUUUUAGUAAUGAAAUGUUUUGGAACUGUGGAGUUCAAGAUUGUUCAACAGAUACCGGUAAAUUUUAUUGUUUGAAUCUUAGAUUUGCUGCUGUAUCUGGGCUUAAACUUAAUGAAGAUAUUAAAAUUUUAUUAAAAUGUCGUACUCAAGAAAAAAUAACUUCACAUACCAAACGAAUACACGUUAAAACACUUGAUACAUCUGCUAGAAUGGCUCCAAGAGUAGCAGCAGGUGGUCAUAAAAAUGCAUUUGAAACUGAAAUUGGUUUAUACCGAAAAACUCUUGGAUCGGAUAAUUUAUUUGAUUCAAGAAUUCAACCUGGUGGAACAGUUAUUCUUGGUGAAGAAAUUCUUCUGCGAGUUGCAGUUCGUGAAGGUGAUGGGUGGCGAUAUUCAAGAAUAAGCGAUGUUACUAUUCACCAUUUGGAAAAUAAAAGGCAGAAAAAAAUAAUUAAUAGUAUGUGGAUUUUAGACUCCAAUGGGUGCCUCAAUCAAGAAAUUCGUGAAAUUUGCUCACGCGAACAAUAUCGCGUUACACCGCUUGAGAGUUAUCUAAUUUUCCAAGCUUUCAUGUUUGAUCAUAUGAAAGAGACUGAUGAGAUGGUGAUCAAUGUUAAAGCUACUGGUUGUUUAGAUGGUAAUGACUGUGCAUUGAAUUGUCCCGCAGGGCAUUCAAGAAAAACGCGGAGCCUUGGAGAGUUACAGCCGCACAACCAAACAAUUAAUUCGCUUGAUGAUAUUUCUUUUAGAGUUAUUUUACCCGAAAAUUAUAAUCAACAAUAUAUUAUCGAUAAUCGUUUGAUUAUUGCGUAUGCUUUUUCAGCUUUUAUUAUUUUAAUAAUAGCUAUUUUGCUUUGCAUGAUAAAAGUCAUUUAUAAACAAAAACAUCAA